AACUUGCCUUUUUUGACUUCUAUGAGUGUACAAAAUAGCAACCCAUAUGAUGAUGAUGAUCUGAAGGUGAAGACCCAAAGACCACGAUCAGCUGACCAGCCAGGUGUGUUUCAGGCACAGACAGGUGACCCCGCAGCAGAGGAGUGGUCACAGUGGAGUGUGUGUUCUCUCACCUGUGGGCAAGGCUGGCAAGUGAGGACACGAUCGUGUGUUUCUUCUCCCUAUGGAACACUGUGCAGCGGUGCCCUCCGGGAAACACGCAUGUGUAACAACACCGCUUCCUGUCCAGGAGAACCUGGGGUCACAGGCUCAGUGCAUGGGCUGUGGGAGGAGUGGUCGUCAUGGAGUCUGUGCUCUGUGACCUGUGGGCGGGGCUCCAGGACGCGAACCAGGAAGUGUGUGAACGGAGGCGGGGCCGUGGCUUGUGGACAGCCUGACAUUCAGACCAAACUCUGCAACAUAGCAGUGUGUCCUGUGGAGGGCCAGUGGUUGGAGUGGGGGCCAUGGUCGAGAUGCAGUGUGACUUGUAACACAGGAACCCAGCAGAGGCAGAGACGCUGCAGUGCAUCGGUGCACGGCUGGGCUGAAUGUAAGGGCCCCCAUCAGGAGAGUAGAGACUGCACCAACCCUUCCUGCAGCGGUGGAGGUAACUGGGGCAGCUGGAACCACUGGAGUCUCUGCAGUAAGACAUGUGACUCCGGUUGGCAGCGUCGCUUCAGGAUGUGCGAGGGCACCGGAAUACAGGGCUACCCCUGCGAUGGCUCGGGAGAGGAGGUCCGGUCUUGUAACGAGAAAAAAUGCCCUGCUCCUCAUGAGAUAUGUAAAGACGAGCAUCUUCUCUCUAUGUCAUGGAAAAGAGCCUCAGCUGGAGAAACUGUCUACAACAAAUGUCCAACUAACGCCACUGGAUCUGCUAGUCGUCGUUGCAUGCUGGACAAUAAUGGAGUUGCUUUCUGGGGUCCUCCGAGCUUCGCCAGAUGCAUCUCACUUGAAUAUAGAUAUUUACAUUUAUCUUUACGAGAGCAUCUCGCGAAGGGUCAGAGGACCCUGGCUGGGGAGGGCAUGUCUCAGAUCGUAAGGAGUCUCCUGGAGCUCUUGCAGAGGAGGAGCUACUACAGUGGCGACCUUCUCUUUUCCACGGAGAUUCUGCGAAAUGUGACGGACACCUUCAAAAGAGCAACCUACAUCCCAGCUCCCGACGACGUGCAGAAAUUCUUCCAGAUAGUCAGCCAUAUGUUGGACAUGGAAAAUCUAGAAAAAUGGGAAGACGCUCACCAGGUCGCUCCCGGUGCUGCUCUGCUGAUGAGGAUAUUAGAAGAUUUCAUUCACCUCAUCGGAGAGUCCCAGAAGCCUUUCCAGAGUUUCCUUGUGGUUACCAACAACCUCAUGAUAACCAUCCAGCGAGAGCCGGUGUCAGCAGUUUCCAGUGAUAUAAACUUCCCCAUGAAGGGCCGGAGAGGGAUGAAGGACUGGGCCAGAACAGCAGAGGACAAGCUCUACAUCCCUAAAGAGGUCUUCACCAUCCAGACUGAAGAGACAGAGGCAGAAUCACUGACAACCAUGUACUAUGUCAUCGGAGCCAUAUUGUACAGGACGUUGGGCGUCAUCCUACCUGCACCAAAACCCCCUGCAGUGAUCAACUCCAAGAUCCUGACAGUGACAGUACGGCCAGAACCGCAACCCAGCGAGCCCAUGGUGGUGGUGGAGCUGUCUCCACUUAUCAAUGGUACAUCGGAUCCUCAGUGUGUUGUCUGGGACUAUGGCAACCCGGAAGCUGGCGCAGAAAACUGGGGCACAGAAGGCUGCCAAACGCUCGCGUCAACCACUGUCCACACCAAAUGCCUGUGCAGCAGGAUAUCCACCUACGCCGUGUUAGCGCAGCAAGCUAAAGACCCGGACAUGGGUCCUACCAGCAUGCCCUCUGUUCCCCUCAUGGUGGGCUGUGGGGUCUCCUGCACCGCUCUGCUCAUCCUGCUGCUAAUCUACGCUGCCUUCUGGAGGUAUAUCCGUUCGGAGAGAUCCAUCAUCUUGGUGAAUUUUUGCCUCUCCAUCUUGGCCUCCAAUUUAUUGAUUUUGGUGGGACAAUCUCAAACGCUUAGCAAGGGCCUCUGUACUGUGACUGCUGCCUUCCUGCAUUUCUUCUUCUUGGCGUCCUUCUGCUGGGUGCUGACAGAGGCGUGGCAGUCCUACCUGGCCGUCAUUGGGAAAAUGAGGUCACGACUCAUUCGCAAGCGUUUUCUGUGCCUCGGCUGGGGUCUUCCAGCUCUAGUUGUAGCAGUGUCAGUAGGUUUCACCAGAGCAAGAGGUUACGGCACAGCCAGCUACUGUUGGUUAUCCUUGGAGGGUGGCUUGCUUUAUGCCUUCGUCGGGCCAGCUGCUGUCAUUGUAUUGGUGAAUAUGCUCAUUGGAAUUGUGGUGUUUAACAAGCUCAUGUCUCGAGACGGCAUCUCAGACAAGUCUAAAAAGCAGCGAGCGGGUGUCCCAGCGGAGGCGCGUAGCAGGCUGCUCCUGAAAUGCUCCAAGUGUGGCGUGAUCUCGAGCACCGCUCUGUCCAGCUCGACUGCCAGCAGCGCCAUGGCGUCUCUGUGGAGCUCCUGUGUGGUUCUUCCUCUCUUGGCAUUAACCUGGAUGUCAGCAGUCCUAGCCAUAACCGACCGUCGCUCCACACUCUUCCAGGUCCUCUUUGCCGUCUUUGACUCUGUCCAGGGUUUUGUCAUCAUCACCGUCCACUGUGCAAUGAGACGAGAGGUGCAGGAUGCUGUGCGCUGUAGGAUGGGGGGAUGUAAAGAUGACAGCGAAAACUCACCAGACUCCUGCAAGAAUGGACAGGUGCAGAUCAUGACGGAUUUUGAGAAGGAUGUGGACUUGGCAUGUCAAACAGUCAUAUUCAAGGAGGUGAACACCUGCAACCCGGCCACCAUCACUGGCACCCUUUCCCGUAUUUCCCUGGAUGACGAGGACGAUCCCAAGCUGUCAGCCCAUCAGGAGGGGGGAGUGGGGGUCAACUUCAACUCCCUCCCCGGGAACAUCCCCCCUCCCAACCUCAUCGUACAGGUUCCAACGCUCGGCGGCCUCAAUGAGUUGAGCGAGACACCCCUAAAGAAGGAGGUGAAUGUGGAUCAGCAGAGACAGCAGGGGCAGCAACGCAGCGGUGCUCCAAUCUACCUGUGCACUGAGAGUGGCCUGGGCUGGGCUCGACCGCCCGCUUCCUCCAACACCUCCCAGGAUGGAAGUGCUGGAAGCGGGGGAAGUGGAGGGGGAGGAGGAAGUGGCGGAGGCGGGGAGGGAGACUACAUGGUCUUGCCUCGUAGGACGGUCAGUCUCAAACCUCCAGCACCCUCCUCCCAAGGAGGAGGUCUGGGACUGGGGGGCGAGGACAAGCCUCUCAACAUUGCAGUGGAGGACCCCCCCUUCCCCCCGCCUCCCUCUCCCCUGACCCUACACCCAGCUGAGAGUGAGGCCUACCCUGCGGAUUUUGUGCCGUCCAGUGUGGGCGACAUGAACAUCACCAUGAACCUCAACCGCUCCUAUGGGACGAUCAAAACCAUGCCCCACGGGCACGGCCACAUGAUGGCACAGGGUAGUCUUGUACACUCCCACGGAGGACACAUGCACUCCCACGGGCAUUCGCUCCAGCUGAAGCCAGGCCAGAGGCCGUCGGUUAGACAGAUUCUGACAGGGGGGACCACAGUGGAAAGAACCAGGACCCUGCCUCGCAACCUGGGCAGCACUAAUGCCAACACCAGCCACUCAGCAGGAUCCCUGGAGAGGAAAAGAGUACGGUACUCUGAGCUGGACUUCGAGAAAGUGAUGCACACUCGCAAAAGACAUUCUGAGCUGUACCAUGAGCUCAACCACUCGUCCAAGUUCCACACCAUAGACAGGUAUAGCAGGGACCCAGCCAUGUCCACAUUGAAGAGGGGAAAGCGAUGGAGCAUUUCGUCUGCCGGAGGUGAAAAGAACUCGUUGAGUGACAAGUCAACCCCAGAGGACCAGAGCUCCUGGGACAGCUUCAAGACCAUGACCCCCGAGCUGUCCAUCGUGCCUGGGGAGCAGAAGGACCGGAUGGAGCUGCACAAUAAAAACUGGGACUCGUCCUCCGCCAACACGCCUGACUCCUCCGAGGGAGACUUCCAGACUGAAGUGUGAAGACGCACAGACGUACAUGCACUCACUUGGACACACUCAAACUCAUGCCGAAAUACAGAUGCACACAGAGAUACUGAACUUCUGAAAAGCUAUACAUAACGUAAAUGAUUUUUCGCAAAGAUCUCACACACACCGCUCCCCCGUCUCCUGCAAUGUGCUCUGCUGGAUCCCAUACUGUAUUUGUUUACUGCUGCAGUGGACAGACAUGGAAAGAAGACUGUUCUACUCUAUAUUUUCGCAAAGACUAAUGAAAAGAAAGAACAGGGGCUUGACACGUCUGUGACUGACGGAGAUUUUUAAAUGAACUUUAAAAAAAAACUAUGAAAAACUUAUUUCUGAGAAAAAUGUCUUGAUUUUAUUCUGGAGAAAAAAGAAAAUCUCUUUCAAUUGUUUGAUGAUUUGGGGGGGAAAAAAGAAAAAGAAGAAUAUUUCUGCACCGUUCAGUUCUUUUUAUAGCAAGGGGGAAAAAAUCUCACUGAGGUUUCUCACACUGGUAGCCCCCCUAGGCACCCUGCUUUCAUUUAUUUCCUCUUCCCUUCUAAUGGAUGACGAAAGCAUUCUAUCUCUCAAGUCUUUCCUUUUUUUAUUUUCAUUUGUUUCUUUUUGUCAUUUUGGAUGGAUAGGGCACAGGGGAAUGGGCAAAGAGCUGCUCAUUGAUAUGUGCCAUCCACCCUGCUUUUUUUUCAGGUUCCAGUUCAACAAUCCCAUCCAUCCAUUCUUCUCACAUCCUCUGUGUCAACAUUGUAUUCCCCUGUUUUGUGUAUUUUCUAUGCUUUAGUUACAAAAAUGUCCUCCCCUAUGCUUUGAAACUUUUAAUGAAAAAAUAAUACGAUUGAAACAAAUAACUGAGUUGUGUUCUAUGGUCUAACUGUUCAAGAAGAAUUGAUUUAUUUUCAGACUGGUUUGUGCUUGUGCUGGCUUUUUUCUUGUUUUUUUUCUUUUUUUCAUUUCCUGCGAGAAUGAACCCAUGUGGAACUCUUAAAAAAAAACAAGGAUUUAGGACACACACAGCACAUAAACGUGAGCUUGCUUUCUGAGGUAAGUGCGUGUUACCCACCCAUGAGGGAAAAGAAGGAUAGUGAACGUCAUACAGAUUCCCGCUGUUUUUUCCCCACCUACUGCUUGGAGAUAAAAGCCUUUAAACCGUGCAACAUCUGAAUCCAUUUCAGCCAUCACCAAUCACUGUAAUGCCAGAAAAACGGUACCAAAACGUAUGCUUAGGCUGCUUAGAGUGAAGCAUCGAUCGGUUUAGCGGCUACCUCAGUCUUCCCUAGUUACUGAGGAAAUAUUGUUAGCUUCACGUAACCUGAGGAAUUUUUAACAUGUGACACCACACGAGCCACAUUUUGUUCAUUCUGUCACAAGAAUCCAAUCAGAUUUAAAGAGAAACACGCCUUCCUUUGCUUUCCUCUACCACCUACUUCCCGUUUCCCCUUCUCUGUUGCUCAUUCUGCCCACCCAGCGUCGUGCAACAGGGAGGCAUGAAAUCUUAAUGUUUGCAGUGAAGCCAGAUGUAUAAUUCCUCAUUCACAUGGAGACCUGUCAGUGCGAUUGUAUCCCUGCGCUUGUGAGCACAGCAGCUGCAGAGAAUGAGAGUGAAAUACAAAGACAGAAGGGGGAGUCACAGAGGUUAUAAGGCUACAAGGUGGCAGACUAAAGAGGGCAAAAAAAAAAAAAGCCAGUGGAGAAGUCUUCCUGUUUAAUAUUCUACAUCCGCACAUCAGUAGCUACAAGAGGACAACCGGUUUCCUGCCAUUGCUACAUAAGCACAUCGGUCCUCCACACACCGGCAGAGAGAAAGUGUCAGAGUGUCGGAUGAAUUCAGUAGGCUCAAUAACUUUUCAGUCUAUGUUAAAAAGCAGGUCCCAUUAAUUUUACAGUCUGGAGAAUUUAGGGAGAAAAAGUGCCAGAGAAGGAGGUAGCCAAGGAAAAAGAUCCAAAUCUAUAUAGUGAGAAAGCGCGAGGCAGGCAGAGAUGCAGAUUAAGAAGGGGGGAGUGCUCAUAACAGUAAUUAUCCGGGGAUGGCGAUUUGUCCUGACAUUUUCCAAUGCAGCCCUCAAACCAUCUGUUUAAAGAUCCCUAAUGUGGUAGUAGUGCAGCACAGCGCAGAUGGUGAGACAAGAGUGCGGCCCUUCUAACCUUUUAAGCUAAUCAGCUGAUAGGCAAACCUACAGCCCGCUCCCUCUCGGAGGACCGAGGUAGGUUCGGCCCCCAGGAUGCUGAGCUAAGGUCACAUUCACCUGACCUUCUGUGAGGCUCAGGAUCCAGAUCUAAGUUCUAGAUGAAUUCUCUACAAACUGUGUUCCCAUGGUAUGUUAUAAAUGGGAUUUUAUGAAAGAUUAAGAAGUAAAAGGAAAGGAGGAAAGUAUGGGCUUUUCUUACUUUCCUCUUCUGUUAGUGAGCUUCUCCACGUUUUUCUCACAGCACAUGAACAUUAUGUCAGGUUUCCCCUCAAUGAACAUUGGAACUUUAAGGUUUUCAGCUCCAAGAACGGUAAGUGAGAUGCUGCUUGACUGAUUAAGAUUGAGGUGUUUGACUGAUCAUUUGAAUGUGCAACCACAAAUAAGGGUCAUCUUGCAAUUUCACAGUUUUCUUCACAAUGAUAAACCCUGGUAUGAUGUGAACGCUAACACAUGGAGAUCGUGGUCAGAGUGUGUUAGUAUCUUGUCUAUUUUCUUUGUGUGUUGAAAGCCUGCCAAACUCAACAGCCCAUAAAUAAAUAUGAAACACGGGGCCAAUUUGCAACUUUGCCCCAAGCGGACAUCGACGUCAGAACCUACUACGCUCACCUUCACUCUUCAGCUUUCGUUGCUUAGGUGUUAACCGACUGCUACAACCAUCCAACACUCCAGUUGAUUUAUUACUAUGAAAACUCUCCCUUUCCUUUCCUUUUCUCCCUCAUUUUUGUUAUUUUUAUACAUACAAUUGUAAAAAGUAGUCCUCUAAUGUUUUCAUAGUGUCUUUUUAUAUGAAAAUAAAUUUUCAAAUUGA